AUGGAUAAGGCCCUGAUGGCGAUGUCUCUGGAAGAAGAGGAUGUGCCGUUUGAUAUGAUGGAUCUUCCGGAGUAUAGUUCUUGCGAACGGAAUGUUUUCAGUGUUAUUGGUAGGUUACUGAAUCCAGACUGCCAAAAGAUGGCUAGUUUGAUUUUAGAUAUGCCAAGGAAGUGGCAGAAGUAUGAUAGAGCUCGUGGGGUCGCUCUAUCUAAGGAAAAGUUUCAGUUCAUUUUUAGUUCUGAGAAUGAUUUAGAUGAAAUUCUUAUGAAAGGGUUUCAGACUUUUAAUGAGUGGGGUUUGGCCAUUAAAAGAUGGGAAAACACUCCUCCGGUGGAUUACCUUCAGUUUGUGCUGUUAUGGGUACAACUUCGGAAUAUCCUUGUCAAUCAUUACACUGUCGAAGCAAUCAUGACCUUUGGAGAUGUUGUUGGUCAGGUCAUCGAGGUGGCUUUCGACCCGAAGAAAUCGCAGAGUCGGGGUUUCGUUCGAGUGAAGAUCUUAUUUGAUGUCUCAAAGCCUCUACGUAAAUCAAAAGUUUUUAAUCUUCCUAGAGGUGCAGGUCAGGCUAAUAUUGAGUAUUUUUAUGAGAAGGUUCAAAAAAGAUGCUACUCGUGUCAACGUUUGACUCAUGAUCAAAGUGUUUGUCCAAUCUUGGUCAAGAUAAGGCAAGAUCAAGCUAUCAGUAGGAGGAUGGACAAAGUUUUUGACAAACCGAUUCCUGAACCGGUUCUUAAGAAGUCUGACCCUUUGUUUGGAGUUUUGGAAAAAUCUCAAGUGGGUAUUCAACCAGUUUUGGGUCGCCCGAGGAUCGCUCCAGAAGUCUUAGAAGGGAUGAGGCAAUAUCUGCUUGUUGCUGAGGGUGAAGAAAGGAAAAUUAGAGAAGAAAGAGUUAAGAGGACUGUUUUUGAGGCUGAAUCUUCUUCGGCUUCUCAAAAGUCUAUCCUAAGACUUGAGCCUCCCCCGAUCAUUUCCAGAGAUCCGAUGAAAGGUAAAGGUCUUGUUUUUGGAUAUGGAUCGGAUGACUCUUCAACUCAGUCUGAAAGAAUUAUUCCCCAUGGUCCAAAGCUUUUAUCUGCUGCCAUUCAAGCGGCUGCUCCAUCUGUGAGGAAGCCUCGUAAUUCAGAUAUGCAAGAUGAAAGUUCUGCAGUAAAUGUUUUUGGUGAUUCAUCUCCUUUUCAGGAUGGUUCAACGGGUUAUAAGAUUGGUCUCUUUGAGGCUAGUCCUUCCGGAACCAAACUAAAAGGGAGCAAUCCAAGGAAAAGGCCAGGGAAAAAUAUAAGAAGAUUCAAGGGAUCUGUGAAUGGUGGUUUCAAUGGAGCUGGUUCGAAGAAAGAAGGCUUAGAAAUUGGAGUGAUUGAAAAAAAGAAAACACAAAGAAAAGUUGGAAGGAGUACCCAAAGCUGCAAGGCCAAAUACUCAUGA